AUGCAACACCCCAUAUGUCAUGUGUGUCUGUUGCUUCCUUUAUUUAGUUGUUAUUUUUGAACUAGUUUUGAAUUGGGGUGGGUUUUGUAACUGGUAUGUAAUGAAUGUACCAAAAAUAACAAGGAGGGUUACAACUGAAACUGUAUCACAAGCUGUCAUUAGACUCCUCAGACAUGAGAGAUGGACAGACAAACAGAUGUUGGAAGGCAGACAGGAGUCUAGCUAUAGUAGGUGACUGUCUGAGUUCUUUCAUUAUGCGGUUAGCAGUGCUUCAGUUUAUGGCUGGCUUCUGUGGAGCUCUGGGCUCCUUGUUUUUUCUACUUUCUCUCGGUACAGACUACUGGCUCUUAUCCCUGGAGUCUUGUGAACCACAGGACAAACACACAGAAAAAUUAAGAAGAGUCACCAGAAAGGAUGGCCUAAAGGAAGACCCAAAUGAUAGUAAAAACACAGUCUUGUCCUACCAUGAAGGGAUUUUUUGGAGAUGCUCCUAUAGAACAGACAGAGAGGAGCAGAGCAUACUGGAUUUCUGGAUCACCAACCAACCAACAGAGAAGAUUUGCAUGCCUGUCUACCUUUCCCAUGAUCCUCUACCUGAGAAAAGAAGAAACACUUUAAAUGCAGUGCAUAGGACUUUUUGGUGUAUUAUGUCUAUCCUGGGAUUCACCAUGGUUAUGAUUGGUGUGUUUGUCACCGUCUGCGGUGUCCCACGAGCCAACCGUCGCCUUUAUGAAGCUGGAGGUGCUCUUUUCAUAACUGGUGGAUUCUUGCUUUUGGUCGUGGUGGUGACAUUUGCAGUAUGGGUGCAGGUCUCAGGCUCUCUGGAGCAUUACAUCCUCCAGCGCAGGUCCUCCAUGUGCUCGGACCUGCACCUCAAUCUGUAUUACGGUCCAUCCUUCAUGUUGGCGCCCCCUGCCUCCUUCUUCAGCAUCCUUUGUGGCAUCUUCCUUCUGCUCACACAGACUGCCUCAGGAACAGUGUCAGCAAAUGCAGCAAACAAACCCCCAUCUGUACAGAAGGAACUGGAUGCGUGCAUUCUGGAGUAGCAAAAACUGCUAUUUUAAAAAUGUUAUUUUAUUUGUCCUUUAUUUAUCCAGGAAGGUCCCACUGAGAUAGAAGAUCUCUUAUUCCAGCGAGUCCUGGUCAAGACGGCAGCACAAAUAGUUUCACAUAGAAUAGACAAUUUUAGACAUUAAAAACAUAUACCAUUGCUGAGCAGCAAGGACAAUUAUGCUUUUCUACUGGUUUGCAUUUACUGAUACUCACUCUGAAGGGAACUUUCAUUGGAAAUGACAACUCUCUGUAUGAGGACAACAGUCAUGUUGUUGUGGUUCAGUGUGAGUAGGAAGCCAGUCAUAAAUAUAGAGUAGACUGGACAGCUAUAGAGGACAACCACAAUCAUAGGGUAAAUAAAAGUCGAUUACAAUGUUGGCUGUGUCUUAUUGUAAUGUGUGGACUAGACCUAAAGAGCCUAUUUUGGUUACAACAACCUACCACCAGGGUGCAGUAUUGCUUUAGUAUUACAACAUGAGGACUAAGACUGCAAUUUCUAUUACACUGUAUUAAAAAAAGAGCGAAUGAGCUUAGUUUAUGUAUCCAGUAAGAAUCUGAUUAAGUCAGUAACUGUUGUACGCAAUAGGAUUUAGAGAUAAACCAAAUUGCCACAUCUAUACAUAAAAUCAGUUCAUGUGAUUCUACAAAUACAAGAUAUCCUUUUUUUUUUUUAAAUUCAUGUUGAGUGAGCACCAUGAGCACUGUCUUAGAGAUAUGAAUUACAACUCAAUUUAGGGUUUUUUUUUUUUUUAAUUUCCAAACUACAUAUUCACUUACAGGAAUUUUACUUGGAGAUUGUUCACCAUUCAGAGUGGCAAGCAAAAUCACUUACUUAGCUGGCCUCAUUGUCAAUCAAUCUCUCCUACUAUACUAACGCCCAUAGCAGUCACAUAUUACU